AAAGAAGCUUCAAAACUUCCAAAAAUAUAACCUCACCGAGUCGGGAAAAGCAACCCACUGGAAGCGACCAGCUAAACUGGAUGAUAGUGUGGUUCAAUAUUUUUUACAUUUAACUCAGAAUGAAAGCCAGCCGGUAGACGAAGCAAUGGAUAGAGGAACCCAGCUAUUGGUAAAUGGGCACCAUAGCGAUGGGCCUGAGGGUCAAUCUGCGCCACCAGCAGAAACAAAGGCCGAGUGCAAACGAGCGAAAGUGCUGAGGAAACCAAAAGGAACCCAAGUGAGGGCACCAAUGGCAGGAAAACACACCACAGAACUGGAAAACAUGAGCAGUCCUCCUCAGCAAAACACUGGUUCAUUCCCAAGCAGUCAAGGCCCAGUUGCUAUGGAAACUAAUCUCAGCGCGCAGCAGCCCAGCAGAAAUGAUGAGGAUGGGAAAUCUCAACUGGACGUGGGGAAGGUUACACAGGACGGGCAAGAGCCCGGUUGUCAAGCACCUGAGAGCCCAGGAAGGGAGAAUCUAGCAGAAGGCACGGGAGAAAAUCUCGCCAAUCAUGAAGCAAACCAGGAGACUGUGGGAAGUUGUGGAGAGCAAGUGGAUUUAGAGAAGGUGAAUGGUGACGUUUGGUAUGAGACUGACCAAGUCUGGUAUGUCAACAAAGAAGGAUUUGCUUUAGCCAUGGUGCUCAAACCAGAUGUUGGGACGCCAGAACUUCCAGAGGGCCAAGUUCGAAUCCGUAUUGAGAGUGACAACAUGAUCAUAGUCACAGACGAGGAGCUUAUUCAUAAAACUAACCCAUCCAAGCUGGAUUACACCGAGGACCUUGCGCAGCUCAUCAGCCUGAACGAGUCCAGUGUCCUCCAUGUACUGCAUCAGCGCUAUGGGUCUCAGCUCAUUCACACUAAGGCAGGCCCAAACCUCAUCAUCAUCAGGCCCUCUAGCGUCGUUUCCAACUACUCAGGAAAGCUAUUCAAGGGUAAGAAGGAUGGAAUGCCUCCCCAUAUAUACGCUGUGGCACAGAGGGCCUACUGGAACAUGCUGAUUCACCGAAAAGACCAGAGCAUCAUCCCCCUGGGAUUGAGUGGUGCAGGAAAGACUACAAGCUGUCAAUGUGCUCUUGAGUACAUAGUUGGAACAGCUGGCAGUGUGGGCACGACAGUGACAGUGGAGAAGAUCCAGGCGAUGUUCACCAUUCUUCGAGCAUUUGGCACCAUGUCCACCCCACAGAAUAACACCACAACGCGAUUCUCCAUGGUCAUGUCCUUGGACUUCAAUCAGGCUGGGCGUGUGUCUGCAGCUCACCUCCAGACAAUGUUACUGGAGCGAAUUCAUAUAUCUCAGCCACCAGAUUGUGAGGGAACGUUUAACGUCUUCUACCAGAUGUUGGCUGGCUUGGACCUAUCUUUCAGGACCGAGUUGCAUUUGCACAAAGUGGCGGAGAGCCAGCUAUUUGGGAUUUUGCCACGGACAAAGGCGGAGGAGAAGCAGAGAGCCUCCUCAGCGUUCAGCAGGCUCCAGGCAGCCAUGGAGACACUGGGAUUCACAGCAGAUGAGCAAAAGGCCAUUUGGCAUGUGCUGGCGGCCAUCUACCACCUUGGAGCCGCUGGGGCAUGUAAAGUCGGCAGGAAGCAAUUUAUGAAGUUUGAGUGGGCACAGAAUGCAGCCAGCGUGCUUGGUUGUGAACUUGAGGAACUCUCAAUUGCUGUCUUCAAACAUCACCUCAAACUGAUCAUCCAGCAGGCUACAAGCAAGCUUAAUUCAGAUGACACUGCAACAGGCCCUCGUUUGACAGGCUUGGAAUGUGUGGAAGGAAUGGCUGCUGGAUUAUAUGAAGAACUAUUUGCCAUUAUCAUCAUGCUCAUCAACAGGUCAGUUUCUUCCCAACAGUUGGCACUGACAUCAAUCAUGGUGGUGGACACACCGGGCUUUCAGAAUCCGCACCAUGAAAACAGAGAGAGAGCAGCCACGUUUGAAGAGCUGUGUCACAACUAUGUGCACGAGAGACUACAGAUGCUUUUCCAUGAGCGCACUUUUGUGUCUCAGCUGGAUAGAUUCAAGGAGGAAAACGUUCAGGUGACAUUUGACAUGGCUGAAACCUUUCCAGCAUCUACAGUGUCAGUCAUCGAUCAAACUUCAAGCCAGUUCAAGGUUCAGCCAUCUGCCCAAGGUGAGGAGCCCAAAGGCCUUCUCUGGAUUCUGGAUGAAGAGGUGUUAGUUCAAGGUUCCAAUGAUGCUGUUGUCCUCGAUCGCCUUUGUUCCUAUUUUGAGAAGAAGGGAACAGAAAAAGGAGAGAAACAGCCAGUGAGGAGAUGUGAGCAGGAGCAGCAGUUUGUGAUUGCCCACCGGCUUGGCACAGACCCUGUGAGGUAUGACCUGACGGGCUGGAUCAAUAAAGCCAAGCAGAACCUGUCGCUAGAGAAUGCCAGCCAGCUGCUGCAGGAAUCAAGAAUUGAAUGCCUCAAGAAAGUUUUCUAUCCACGAUCUAAAAUCCCGAUGAUCUGUCGAUCAGUGUCUGGUCUGGAAGGCACUUCCCAGCAGGCCUUGCACAGGAUCAGCUGUGUACGGAAGACAUUCAGCACCAGCUUUGCAGCUGUGAAGAGAAAUUCAGUAUGUGCGCUUAUUAAGCUACAAGUGGAUGUUCUUGCAAACCUUUUGAAGCGUUCUGAAGCACACUUUGUCCACUGCUUUGUGGCAAGACCAGAGGUGAAAGAUACAGAAGGGAAAAUGCCUGGUAGUCAAAGAACUGGGGAUGGAGCAGAGACACAGCACAGCAAAGAACAAUUGCUGGCCACAUUUGAUGCACCAACACUGAGGACACAGCUACAGGGAUCACAGCUAUUGGAUGUACUUCGUCUCUACAGGCUAGGGUUUCCUGAUCACAUGCUGCACGGUGAAUUCCGACGUCGUUUCCAGGUUCUGGCCCCAGCCAUCUUGAAGGAAUAUGGAGUGGCGUUUAUGGUAACAGAUGAAAAGAAGGCUACAGAACAGCUUCUUACCUUGUUGGACUUGGAGAAGCACAGUUUUACUAUGGGGCAGAGUCGGAUCUUCUUCAAAGCUGGGGUUGUUUCCCGGUUGGAGAAACAGCGCGAGAAGCUGAUUUGCCGAAAUCUGAUUUUGCUGCAGGCUGUGUGUCAGGGAUUCCUUGGGCGACAACGAUUCAAGAAGAUGAAGACCCAGCGGUUAGCUCUUUGCUGCAUUCAGAAGAACAUCAAGAAGUACUGGAUGAUCCGCCAGUGGCAGUGGUGGCAGCUGAUGUCCAGUAUCCGUCCGAUGCUUAACAUUAACAUGGUUGAUGAAAACCUCCGAGCCAAAGAGGAGGAGGUUGGCACAUUGCGCAAGAAGCUGGAGAAAUCCCACCGUGAAUGUAAUGAGUUUCGAGGAAACGCUGACCUACUUGAGGGCAAGAUUUCAGACCUUACAGCAGAGCUCACGGAUGAACGGUUUAAGGGGGAUGUGGCCUGUCGUGUACUGGAAAGUGAGCGAGCUGAAAGACUGCGCCUCGCACAGGAACUGAAGGACAUGCAGACUAAGUAUGAGAAAGUGGUGAAGAAUUUAAACUCUGUGGAGAAGCAGUUGGAGGAAGCACAGCAGCAACAGCAGAUGAGGGAGCUGGGAACGUCAGUGACAGAGGAAGAGUGGAAAAUGCGCUAUGAUUGUACAUUGCUGGAAAUGGAGUUUCUCAGGAAACGGGUCCGUACGUUUGAGGAAAGGGUCGAAUCCGAAUUACAGGUCAGAAAGGAGCUGGAACAAAAGCUUGCAGACCUUCAGGAAAGUUAUGAGAGUGCCAAGAGGAAUGUUCAGCAGCUGAGGAGAAAGAGCAAGUGUUUGACCUCUGAACUGGAGGACACCAAGGUGCUGAUGGAAAGUCAGCAAAGCCGUAAUCAUGAGCUGGAGAAAAAACAAAAAAGGUUCGACAUGGAGCUGGCCCAAGCUCUUGGCGAAGCUGCCUUUGAGAAGACCCUUCGCGAAAAGGUCUCACAGGAAAACCAAAUGUUGCGGACAGAACUUUAUCGAACACAGCAGAAUCUGCAGGGAAAAGAAUCUGAGGUCACAACCCUGAACCAGAAAGUAGCAGAGCUGAACGUGGAACUGUGUGAACUCACGUCCCCUGAGCCGCAGAGCAAGGAGACUGUGGCACAGAUAAAGAAGCAGCUUCGACAUCUGGAGGCUACAACAAAGGAACAAAGUAAAGAGAACAGCAAACAAGCGGGAACCAUAGAACAACUGGAGCAGACACAUCUCCGUUUUGAACUAGAGCUGGAGCGAAUGAAGGAGAUUCACCUGAAGGAGCUGGAAGACAAGGAGGAAGAGCUGGACGAUGUUCGCAAGUCCUGCCAGAGAAGGCUCCGUCAGUUGGAGAUGCAGCUGGAGCAGGAGUUUGAGGAACGGCAGCUGGUCCUUCAUGACAAACAGGACUUGGAGAGCUUGGUUGGAACCCUCUGUGAACAGAUAGGUCACCGAGACUUUGAUGUGGAGAAGCGGCUACGCAGGGAUUUACGACGUAAGAAUGCUCUUCUGGCAGAUGCCCAGCUGCUGCUGGUUACUAUGCAAGACCCAGGUCAAACUGCCAACAAGGAAGAGGCGGAAAAGCUCCAGACGCAGUUAGAGGAAAGCAAGUUUCGUUGUACAGAGACAGAGAAAGUUUACAAAUCUGCAAUGCUGGAGCUGGAAAACCUUCAUGUUCAGUUGGAAGAUAUUCAGAGAAACAAGAACACGGCCGAUGAACAGCUGUACCAACUGGAGCAUGAGAAGGCUGAUCUGUUGAAACGUCUCGACGAAGACCAGGAGGACCUGAAUGGACUUAUGAAGAAACACAAGGAUCUGAUUGCUCAGUCGUCCAAUGACAUUGCACAGAUACAGGAGCUACAAGGUCAGUUGGAGAAAGCUACAAAGGAAAAACAAAGUUUCGAAGAAAAGCUGCAGGUUGCUCGGAAUAGGAUUGAGUAUAUGGAACACUCGAUGGUGGAGCGUGGAAUCGUAAGCCGACAAGAAGCUAUCAUCUGUGAUCUUGAGAACAAACUUGAGUUCCAGAGGGCACAGCUAAAGAGAUUUGAGACGUUGGUUCUACGUUUGCGGGACAAUGUGAUGAAGAUGGGCGAGGAAUUGGAACAGGCUGCUGAGACGGAGGCCCGGGAGAAGGAAACGGCUAACCACUUCCAGCAGAGGAUGGAGGAAAUGAAAGCAGAGAUGGACGAGCUUGUUGAGCGGGAGCUGGAAGCCUCUCGUAGGUGCAUGGAACUGGCAUCUCAGGUGGAGAGCCUGAUGGCGAUGAAACAGACCCUACAAGCGGAUCUCGAAACGUCAAUAAAACGGAUUGCCGACCUGCAGACUGUCUUGGAGGAGGAGUCUAGUGAUGAAAGUGAUGAUGAAGCUGAAAGUGCGAGAAAGUCUUUGGGAGCAGAUUUGGAAAGGACAGAUGUCAGUGACAGCCAAUCCCUUCUGAGCGUCGACCUUAGUGUCGGGACGAGGUCACGGCUGGGAUUGUCCGCUGGUCGAUCACCCACAUUAGGAGGCAGUGUGGCUGGGAGUCUAUCCAGGGCAUCGGCAGCUGACAGCAUCAGUCUUCACCGCUCUAGGUUUGGCAGGGGUGGUAUGGAUCAAGAUAUCAGUAGGCCAGGCUCUUCAGCGAGCAUGCAAAGCUUUAGAAGUCGAGAGUUUGAAAGGAGCCCCGACAAGAUGGCAGCUGACCUACCUGCAGCUCCAUUCAGAAGAAGGCCUUCUCCAGAAGAGGAGAAAUCCCCCAGUUCUUCAGUGGCUUUGUCUGAAUUUGUGGAGGAACUAAGGAGAAAACAUGCCGGUGAACGAGAGCUAAAUGGUCUCCAGAUGGAGGACAGUUCCCCUCUGCCUAUUUACCAGACUGCAGGCAUCUCCUCACUUCGAAAGCGCCCAACCAUUAGAGACGACGACGAUGACUCAUUGCUAAGAUUCAAGACUCUGAGUCUUUCCAAGACUCCAAGUUUUCCUGCCGGUCAUUGUGGAGAGUCAGGGCUAGUCCGUUCAGCCAGUCUCAGGUCUUUACCCGUCAGCAGUGAAGUACCCGAAUCUUUUGCCACAACCAAAAAAAAUCGAUGGGUUUCGUUUGAGACAUUGGUUGAACCUCGUAAUGGUCCUGGUACCACCUUUCAAAGGCCAAACUUCCCUGGGAAGGAAACAGAUGAAGCAAUUCCCUCCAGGGCAAAGUCUCAACGGAAGCGGCUCGAGCUAUCGAUAGAAGAAGAUAUCGAUGAGGUUCUCAGCAGCCAGCCUAUAGUAUUCAAGAGCAAGCAAUUCAGUGGCCUUCCUAAUGAAGAUACAGAAGGAGAGAACUCCAGCUGGAAACUUCCAAGCCUAAGCUAUCAGCGGAAAAAGGAUGAUGAUAAUGACAGUGAUAUUCUUCCUGCAAUUCGAAGGUCUCCAUCCACAAGCAGAACACAGGAAAGCCAGCGCGACCCUCGACCUCUCACUGUUGACAUCAACAAUUUGGCCUCCAAAAAUACUUCCAGUUUGGCCCCAUUAAGAAAGAUUAUGGCAGUCAGGCCGUGCAUGACUGAAGGAGACAAGGAGUCUCUUGGUAACAUGUCUGACUCCUCUUCGUCCUCUGGUUCAACGAUUUCUUACAAAAGUGCAGAUAGCAUAAAGAACCGUCCCGGCCUCCGCAGAUCAACAGGUGAACGACCAUCUGCUGGAGUCACGGAAAAUGAAAACUUGAAUACACAGACGGAGAAGAGGACUGAAGAGGGGUCAGCGGCUAUUGACAUUAAUGCUGUUAUGAUGAAAUACUUGGCCAAGCCAGACAAAGAAUAAGAAUCUCUGAUUUGAGACUACAGGUCACACAACUGGCUGGAACACUUGCGUACUGAAGCCUAGAUAAAGAAUCACAGCCAGACAGAAUCGAUCUGUUUCAAAGAGACACCCCGAGCUCAGCUGAGAAGGAUGUAAACAAAACCGAAUGUUCAUCCUGGAUAUAGCAGUGAUUGAAAAUGAUGGUCCUCAGUACUCGCAACUGAAUUAAAACAUAAUUAUUGUCAGUCUUGCUAAUUGCUCUGAUUUUUGGAAAAAGUGCAAAUAUUUGUGGAAAAAAUAAAGUAGUUUAAAACAAA